UCUCGUCCUACGUUCCAGCGCCUCGCAUAUAGCACGCUCCAUAAAACGGCUCCCAUAGCGUCCGCUGUCUGACGCACACCAUUACACCGUUUGCCAUAUCCCGCCUAAGCCAGGACACCUAGACACCAAGACACCCCUCGCGAUGACCUCAAUGACCUGCGUCUACCCCGUGCCUGUGCCCCUGGCGCCACAACCAUCACCGCCAUCCCACUCGCGACCGCCACGUUCUUCUGUCUCGUUUGCGUCACCUGUACUCGGUAUAGGUGCCGGCUCAGACGCGGCGAGCACCACCGCAGGUGCAGACGGCGGCUUUGCGUUCGCGCGUGUCCAGGGCGAGAUAUGUCUCGUACAAAUAUCUCGACCCCCCGCUGCAUCAUCAUCCAAAUCCACCAGCUCCUACCCACCACCACAAUCACAAUCGCACCCACACCCACAGCACCUCUCUUCGCCCCUCACACCCACACCCGCCUCCGCACCCCCAAUCGACCUCUCCGUCUUCCGCCACGAAUUCGUCUCCAUCUUCCGCUACUCGCACCGCGUGCGCGUGCCCGCGCGUGACCUGCGCGUCCUCGAGCUGCUCGACGACCCCGGCUGCCUGCGCCACGAGGAAGACAGCGGGACCGUGUUCCUCGCCAAGGACCUCGCGCUCCGCCUCCGCCGCAUGGCCGACGCGAGCGCCGCGCUCAAAGCCGGAUUUGGACGGCCCGGGUAUGGGCAACGGCGGCGGAGCUGAACGCGCUUGGUUAUGGCCAGCAACUUGCAUCUGUGACUGCGCGGAGCGCUCCCAAACUCGGCGGCUCGCCCGGACGCGCGCGCGGAUCCAAUGGACCGUGGCCAUGACUAAGGCCAAGGCCAAGGUCGCCGUUAUGGCCCGCGGUUGAGCCCACGCUCACGGAUUCUCUCUGAUUGUGAUGAGGGUACAGAUGCUUCCUUUUGACGACGUCGACGCAGUCCUGCGUACAUGCCCGCGUGCCCCCCCUCACCGCCUUUACAUCCUCCACUCAUCCUUACUUACUUCAAGUUUUAUGCUCACAUAGACCCCCAUCCACUGUCCCCGUUCCCCCUGCCAGCCCCCCACCAGCAAGCUCAUCCAACCCGCCACUCACACCACCCCCAUCAACACAUUCUCCCUUGCAAACAUCUGCACUAUUUAGAUCACCCGUGUCUCUUUCCCGUUUGUUACGGCUGUAGCGCUAUUAUGGUACCCUUGUACGAUUAUAAUCCGGGCGUGAUCGCUCUCCUUUCCUUUUCCUCUUCCCUUUCAUGUGGCUUUUGAUAUUCAGGCGCAGCCUGCUGGGCACCAAGCAAGUAAUACAGACUACAGUUCCCAUCUAUGCCAACCGUGCUUGCGAGCUGCUUACAAUGCCCCCAAUUACAGAGCACACUUGACGUAGGAUUGAGUUGUACAUUCCGCAACAGCAAAGCUGGGAAGCACGGCACGCACAAAUGGCUCACCUGCGACGCACCCACAUGGUACUACGAGUCCAGGUGACACCCGGGCGAGUUCUCGGUAUCAGAAGAUCUACUAUGAAAAAGUAGCGAUUGCAUUGCAGUAGAUUUGCAGUAAUACAUACAUACUUGUAGCAGGGCCCCGGAAGCUCCCCUAAAGGUUUGUCCGUGGAAAUAUAUUUUAGU